AUGAAUACCUAUCCGUCAUGGAAGGAUCGCACACAGAACCAAUUCGGCAAACUCCAAAUUCAGAUGCCAUGGCGUUCAUUUCAGAUGCUUGUGCCGCAUCGAAUGCGCCGCAAGAUCCGCUCCAAGCUCCGGAGUCGCUUAUCGCCAACUUCGUCCAUCUCGACGUUGCAGACCUCCUUCUCGCCCGUCGAUACUCUGCGCUCCCUCCAAGCACAUAGGUGGACGAUGUACGACUUCCAGUACCUCCUGCUUCUCAUUAUCGGCAUCUUCUCCUUAACGAUCAUUCAAUCCGCUGGCCCGCUCGGCAAGACUGCGAUCUCGACCCUACUCCUAUUCUCCCUGCUUCUACCCAUCACCCGACAAUUCUUCCUGCCAUUUUUGCCCAUUGCCGGAUGGCUAAUUUUUUUUUACGGAUGCCAGUUCGUUCCUAGCGACUGGCGGCCUGCCAUUUGGGUCCGGGUGUUGCCGGCGAUGGAGAACAUUCUGUACGGUGCUAACAUCAGCAACAUCCUGUCCGCUCACCAGAACGUUGUCCUUGACAUUCUGGCGUGGAUCCCCUAUGGCCUUUGCCACUAUGGAGCGCCCUUUGUCGUCUCUCUACUCCUCUUCAUCUUUGGUCCUCCGGGCACGACCCCCCUCUUUGCCCGGACUCUCGGUUAUAUUAGCAUGUUGGCCGUCACAAUCCAGUUGAACUUGUACGGUCUUGCCCCGGCAGACUACUCGAUGCAAGGCAACCCCGCUGGUCUUGCCCGUAUCGACAAGCUUCUCGGAAUCGACCUCUAUACCUCGGGCUUCAAGCAGUCACCCGUGGUCUUCGGUGCCUUCCCCUCGCUUCACGCGGCCGACUCUACUCUCGCGGCUCUGUUCAUGAGCCACGUCUUCCCGCGGUUGAAGCCCCUCUGGGUCACCUACACUCUUUGGAUGUGGUGGGCUACCAUGUACCUCUCCCACCACUACGCUGUUGAUCUGGUUUGUGGUGGUCUGCUGGCCACCGUAGCAUUCUACUUUGCCAAGACUCGCUUCCUGCCUCGUGCCCAGAGCGACAAGAUGUUCCGCUGGCAUUACGAUUAUGUUGAAGUUGGUGACGCCUCGCGGGAAUUUGGCUACGACCUCGCCAGCCUGGACGGUGACCUCAACCUAGACAGCGACGAGUGGACUGUGGGUUCUUCGUCCUCGAUCUCUUCAGGCUCCCUCUCCCCCGUUGACGACCACUACACUUGGGAGAGUGAGACUCUGACCUCCAAUCACGACCUCGAGGCCGGCCGCUAA